AUGAGAAACAUUAUUAUUUCAGAUUUUGAUGAAACAAUUACAAGAGAUGAUACCAUCGACGUUAUUGCUAAAUUGCCGUAUCUUUUACACCCAGAUUUGAAACCUGAGUGGCGUUACUUUAUCAAAACUUAUAUGGAGGGAUGCCGGGAAUACAAAUAUAAUGGAACAAGAUCAUUACCAUUGUUAUCUCCGAGUCUACCUAAAAUUAUUUCGCAAUGUAAUUUUGGUGAGAUAUUUAAAGAUGAAAUUAAAUACCAAAACCAUAACAGGAUUAUAGAGUUAAAUAGUGUAAAUGAAAUCACAAAACAAGAGAUAUUUAAAUCAAUCACCUUAGAACAAAUGAAAAAGUUUGCUAGAGAUCAAAACCACGGUAAUUGCUUGUUAAGAAAUGGUUUCAAUCGGUUUUGUUCUUCGGUCAUCAAAAAUUUUGAAGACGAUUUUUACAUUUUAUCUAUUAAUUGGUCAAGAGAAUUCAUCUAUGAAAUCAUUGGUAACAGUAGACUCAACCGCGAUCAUAUCUUUUGUAACGGUCUAAAGAAAUUCACUGGUAAAUUUCCUCCGACUUAUAAUGGUGAGUUUGACUGCGGAUUAUUGACAGGCUCUGAUAAAGUUAAGAAACUGGAUGAAAUAUUAGCUAAAAGCGACACGGAUAGUAAUAAAGAAGACGAAACUCAUUGCUAUUGGUAUAUAGGGGAUAGUGAGACAGACUUGUUACCCAUAUUACACCCAUCUACUAACGGUAUAUUGCUUUUAGACCCGCAAGAAAAUCCUUCCAAGUUCUUGAAAAUAGCUGAGAAAACAAUUGGUAUCUCAAGUGACAUGAUAUCUGAUUUUCAAAUUGAUGAGAGUCUAGCUUGGUUAGAGUUUUGUGAAAAGGAAGGCGGUAAGUCUGCCUAUCUUGUGAAAUCUUGGGAUUCUAUAGGUGAUUUAAUCAUGCAGAAAACAGUAGGUACAUCAAUGAAAUUCUAA